AUGCCCUCAACCAUCCUCACCACCCUCCUCUUCAUCCUCGCCACCCUCACCCUCUCAUCAACCACAUUCGCCUUCCCCCUCUUCCGCCGCGACAUCCAAUGGUCCUUCAAUCUCUUCCCCACAGACGCCUGCGACGGCCCCAGUGAACUCCACAUCGGCACCGGCAGCACAGGAUGUCGCGCCGACCUAGGCAGCGUCGCCUCCGCAUAUACAGUGAAUGUGAUCCCCGAGGGAUGUCGCAUCGAGUUCUACGACAACACCAUGUGCGACCGCAAUGAGUUGUCGGAUUUGGCGGGCCCGAUGACGCGCACGCAGGUCUGUCGUGUGCCCAACUUGCAUCGGAGGUAUGCUUCGUAUCGGGUGACGUGCGGGCAUGUGGAUGUUUGA